GCAUCGCGGGGGACUGACUGCGCAGGCGCAGAGCCCAGGAAGGAACAAAGGCUUUUGCUGCAGCUGCUGCAAGGAGAAAGCAAGCCUGCAAAGCGAAAGCAAGCCAAGCAGGACUAAAGAAGUUUGGGAUAAAUGCAACCAGCCUACCCAUGGCAACCAUGGCUGCUGCUCCGCAACUCAACUCAGACGCUCUACGCGAAGUCUUGGAGUGCCCUAUUUGCAUGGAGUGCUUUACCGAGGAACACCUGAGGCCGAAGCUGCUGCACUGCGGGCACACCAUCUGCAGACAGUGUUCCGAGAAGCUCUUGGCCAACAGCAUCAACGGGAUCCGCUGCCCGUUCUGUAGCAAAGUCACGCGCAUCACGAACCUGGCCCAGCUCAACGACAACCUGACCGUGCUGAAGAUCAUCGACACGGCGGGCCUUGGCGAGACUGUGGGCCUCCUGAUGUGCAAGGCGUGCGGACGCCGACUACCCAAGCACUUCUGUAAGAGCUGCGGCUUGGUCCUCUGCGAGCCUUGUAAGGAGGCCGACCAUACACAGCAGGGGCACGCCGUGGUGGUCAUCAAAGAGGCCGCCGACGAGCGGAGAAGGGAGUUCGGAGCCAAGCUUGGCCGCUUGCGGGAGCUGAUGGGAGACCUUCAGAAACGGAAGACCUCCUUGGAAGGGGUUUCGAAGGACCUCCAAGUCAGGUACAAAGCGGUCCUGCAGGAGUACGGCAAAGAAGAGCGCAAGGUCCAAGAGGAGCUGGCCCGGUCUCGUAAGUUCUUCACGAACUCCCUCUCAGAGGUGGAGAAGGUCAACAGCCAGAUCAUGGAGGAGCAAGCCUACCUGCUGAACAUUGCCGAGGUGCAGAUCGUGUCUCGGUGCGACUACUUCCUUGCCAAAAUCAAGCAGGGGGACAUGGCCCUUCUUGAGGAAGGGGGGGACGAGGAGGAGCCGGAGUUGAUGAACAGCCUCCCCAAAGAGCUGACCCUGCAAGAUGUAGAGCUGCUGAAGGUGGGCCGCGUUGGUCCGCUUCAGAUCGGACAAGUGGUGAAGAAACCGCGAAGCAUCAACGUAGAGGAAUCGCUAAUGGAGAUGGCGGCGGCGGCGGCGGCGGCUUCGGUGUCCUUUAGGGAGGCCGACGUGGCAGAGGAGGAAGCCAACUCUCUUCCCAGCUGCCCUUCCCCUGCCAAGCCGAGAGUGCCCGAAGCGGCCACCAGCAUCCAGCAGUGCCACUUCCUCAAGAAGAUGGGCUCCAAAGGAAGCACGCCCGGGACGUUUAACCUGCCAGUCAGCCUGCACGUCACCCCACAAGGAGAGGUGCUUGUGGCCGACCGUGGAAACUUCCGUAUCCAAGUCUUCACCCGCAAGGGCUUCCUGAAGGAGAUUCGCCGGAGCCCUAGCGGCAUCGAUAGCUUCGUACUCAGCUUCUUAGGUGCGGAUCUGCCCAACUUGACUCCUCUCUCGGUUACCAUGAACUGUCACGGCCUGAUUGGCGUCACCGACAGUUACGACAAUUCAGUGAAGGUCUACACCAUCGACGGGCAUUGUGUGGCCUGUCACCGGAGCCAACUGAGCAAGCCAUGGGGCAUCACGGCUCUCCCGUCGGGACAGUUCGUCGUAACGGACGUGGAAGGGGGAAAGCUUUGGUGUUUCACCGUCGACCGCGGGGUCGGGGUGGUGAAGUACAGCUGCUUGUGCAGCGCGGUGCGGCCAAAGUUUGUGACUUGCGAUGCCGAAGGGAUGAUCUACUUCACCCAGGGGCUGGGGUUGAAUCUCGAAAACCGCCAGCACGAACAUCACUUGGAAGGGGGCUUUUCGAUCGGCUCUGUCGGCCCGGACGGGCAGCUCGGCAGGCAAAUCAGCCACUUCUUCUCCGAGAACGAGGACUUUCGAUGCAUCGCUGGUAUGUGCGUUGACUCCCGGGGGGACUUGAUUGUUGCCGACAGCAGCCGGAAAGAGAUCCUGCAUUUCCCCAAGGGGGGCGGCUAUAAUAUCUUAAUCCGAGAGGGACUCAUCUGCCCCGUUGGCAUCGCUAUCACACCCAAGGGACAGCUCUUAGUCUUAGACUGUUGGGAUCACUGCAUUAAGAUCUACAGUUACCACUUGAGGAGGUACUCCACGCCUUAGGAACGAAGAAACGGCACCCCUCUUCUAAAACUAUUGCUAGAUCAUUGACUUUUAGCGGUUUCCUACAUUUCAAGCAGACUGCGCCACAAUCAUUUGUGUGCCGCUGAAAACAAAAAGUCUGCCUUUGGACGCGGCCGUGUGUGUGCAUGUGUUUUUUGUUUUUUUGGAGGGGGGUUAAAAAUACAUGUAAGUGUUCGGGAAAAAAGUACCCUAAAAUAUAGCAGAGCACCCAAAAACAAACAGGAUACAAAAGUUGAGCAUUAAAUGCUGUGUGAUGUAGCCGUAAAGAAUUCAGAGCUUAGGAGGCAAAUAUGCAGGAUCCCAUUUAAAAAAUUGAUUUAAAAAAUACAUGUAAACAUUAGGGGAAAAGUGCCCUAAAAUAUAGCAGAGCACCCAAAAACAAACAGGAUACGAAAGUUGAACAUCAGCUCAUUAGCGACCAGAGCAUGAUGUGCUGCGUGAUGUGACUGUAAAGAACUUAGGAGACAAAUAUGCAGGGUACCAUU